AUGAACACGAUCUACCUGGUGAGAGGAGAUUUCUUCGCCCAAAGACAACAGGACCCAAUUACUGAUGUGGCUUUCGGCUUGAACAGGGUGGGCUGGGGCACUCUUUGUGUCGCUGGCGGCGGAGCCUACUACUUCGCAAAGCAAUCCAUCAACGCCGACCGCCAAUCCCGAUUUGACGCCGAGAUCAAGCGCAAGGCCCAGAUGAGAGCAAUGGAAGAUGAACACAAGCGCCAGGCCCUGUCCGCAUCCGGGCCUACCCCAGGCAACGACGCCAACCUAAAGCGAGCGAACAUGACACGGUUCCAGAAUGCCGCCGACGACGUCGCCUCUCCCAGUGCCGAAGCUUCUCAUGACCCCGCGCCCACCCGCCAUGAACCCUUGACCGAGGCCGACCGUGUCCUAGAGAAGGGCAAAUACGAAACGUCGACACCAUACCGACCUCCAACUGGGAACCGGUUUAGCUAA